GGCUGACGUCACGUCCGGCCGGGCCCGCACGGAGGUCAGUGAGGAGACGCGGAGCCGCCAUGCUCCGCCAAGCCGCCCGACUGCGGCCGUGCGCCCGCCUCCGCCUCCGGCCCGGGGCCCACGGACACCCACACCCACAGGCCCAGCGAUGUUACCGGCUGGCAGCAGCAGCGGCGGCGGCGGCUCGAGGCAGCAGUGGCUCUGCGGGGCCCUCGCGGGCGUGGCUGCAGCUGCAACUGCGGGGCCGAGCGCUGCCCGCUCCCGCCCCGGGCCUGAGCGCGGCCCCGCGUUACUACAGCUUGCCCCCGCAUCAGCUGAUGCCAUUGCCUGCCCUGUCCCCAACAAUGCAGAUGGGAACCAUAGCCCGAUGGGAGAAGAAGGAAGGAGAUAAAAUAAAUGAAGGAGACUUAAUAGCUGAAGUGGAAACUGAUAAGGCUACAGUAGGUUUUGAGAGCCUGGAAGAAUGUUAUAUGGCAAAGAUCCUCCUGCCAGCUGGAGCACGAGAUGUGCCGCUUGGUACCAUCAUUUGCAUCACAGUUCCAAAUAUUGAAGAUAUUGAAGCGUUUAAGGAUUACACUCCAGAGCAAGUGGCUUCUGCCCCACAGACGCCAUCGCCCACAGCUCCGACACCACCCUCGGCUCCAGCAAAAGCUCCCGGCAGUUCAUACCCCUCACACAUGAAGAUUGCCCUGCCUGCUCUUUCGCCAACCAUGACAGUGGGUACCAUUCAGAGAUGGGAGAAAAAAGUUGGGGAGAAACUGCGUGAAGGUGACCUCAUAGCCGAGAUUGAAACGGAUAAAGCUACGAUAGGUUUUGAAGUAAUGGAAGAAGGUUACUUGGCCAAGAUUCUGGUGGCUGAGGGCAGCAGGGACAUUCCCCUCGGGACUACGCUGUGCAUCAUCGUGGAGAAGGAGUCAGACAUACCGGCCUUUGCUGACUACGUGGAAACAGGAGUCGCCGAUAUCAAGCAGCAAGCUCCACCUCCACCUACCCUUGCCACACAGCAACCUGUGGCAGCACCACCCAUGUUUACCCCACCCAUACCCAGAGAUCCCAAAGGUCGGGUGUUUGCCAGUCCUCUGGCAAAGAAGCUGGCAGCGGAAAAGGGCAUCGACCUCCAACAAGUGAAAGGCACUGGACCAGAAGGCCAGAUUAGGAAAAAAGAUGUUGAUUCUUUCGUGCCUUCAAAGGCAGUGCCGACUCCAACUGCUGCUGCUCCCAGUUUAGCAGCUAUUCCCACUGGGAUGUUCACCGAUGUCCCUAUCACCAACAUACGGAAGGUUAUAGCUCAGCGUCUGAUGCUGUCCAAGCAGAGCAUUCCUCAUUAUUACCUGUCGAUAGACAUCAACAUGGGCAACAUUCUGAAAAUUCGGCAGCAACUGAACGAGGAACUUAAAUCUGAAAGCAUUAAACUGUCGGUGAAUGACUUUCUCAUAAAGGCCUCAGCUCUGGCGUGUAUGAAGGUUCCUGAGGCGAAUUCCUCCUGGCAGGACACCAUUAUCAGGCAAAACCACGUUGUGGACGUCUGUGUGGCUGUGAGCACCACUGCUGGCCUGAUUACUCCCAUUGUCUUCAAUGCACAUAUCAAAGGACUGAUUGCCAUCAGCAACGAUGUCAAAUCCCUGGCAGAGAAAGCACGCGGAGGAAAGCUCCAGCCCCAAGAGUUUCAGGGCGGCACUUUUACAAUAUCGAACCUGGGGAUGUUCGGUAUAAAGAACUUUUCGGCCAUUAUCAACCCACCUCAGGCGUGUAUUCUGGCUGUUGGUGGAUCUGAACAAAGAUUGCUUCCUGCAGAAAACGAGAGAGGGUUUGACGUUGCCAGCAUGAUGGCAGUGACACUGAGCUGUGACCAUCGUGUUGUGGAUGGAGCAGUUGGUGCCCAGUGGCUGGCUGAGUUCAAGAAAUUCCUUGAAAGGCCAACGACCAUGCUGAUAUAGACCGGAGACGCCAAGGUUUGAGUGUCAGCAGUCUUCAUAAGGCAGUUUUUAUUUGUAAAUUCCAGUACCUGCAUGAAAUCCUUACUUUCUUAUUACAAAAUGUAAGAAUUUAUGCAGUCAGUGGUUAAAAAGGUGUGCAGUUAAACUAGAAUCCAAAGUAAAUGUAGAGGGAAAAACUGAUGCCAUUGUCCGAUUCCAGUCGUAUUUCAGAGACCAUGAGGUGCACUUGUUGAACUGUUACUUUAACAUUCAAUACUGACAAGGCCAAGUGUUCCAUCUGGUGCCCUUGCUCAGACGUUGCAGUGGGGACAAACAAAACUAUUUAAACCUGAAAGAUAAUUUUCUGUUUUAGACUGAGUGGAAUUGGUGAGGAUUUUCUCUGUAAAUGUUGGUGUUCCACUGCUCAUUCACAUAUAUGGGUGGAAUUGGCAGCCCACAAUGUGGAUUAAUCAUCAGUAGGUUCAGAAUAUCUCCAUCAAUUUCUCCACAGUUUAAUUGAGAAAAAGGCGCUAAAAUACUAGAUUAACUGCCCACCUUCAGUCCAGUGUUUCCAUGGGAUUGGAAGUAUUUUACCGAGACUAUUAUAAGAAUGUGUGAUAUGGAAGAUGCUAAUUUUGGUGUCAUACAUUGAUACUUUUUAUUGGUACACUCAUGUUUCUUGUGCAUCAGGGGUAAGUUAUUUAAAAUUACCCAGGGUGUAAUGAAAUUCUACAUCUGUUUUCAUUUCCUGACCUAAAUUGUAUUUACUAAAAAUAACACUUGGAUCAGAAAGUUAAUCUGUCAGCAGCAGUUGUAGCAAUAUGAAACCGUGCAAAUUAGUAACAAGGCAACUUCAGAACAAUUUCUCUUGGUUCGAUGGUGUAGUUGGUUAUUACCCAGAUCGUGUUACACAAACCUGUGGACUCUGCUGUUUGUAAUGCUGCUCAGGACUAGCUAAGCAUAGCUAAAGUCUGAAGAUUUAGGCGAUAGAGUUCAAUGAUUCAAGUGUGCUGAUUAUCAUUCAGUCUUUAAAGUACGGUCACCAGAAGCAACAUCCACUUUAUCCCAGUUCUACGUGUUUUGUGUGCACUAGAAGUCUGACGAGUUAGUGAAUUGGGAGUAAAGCAACUUAUCUAUCGUGAUAAGUUAAGGUUCUGGUUUCCUCUCGUACGGGUCAAAAUUAUUUUGUUUCUAAUGGGAUAGACAUUGACACGUAUAGAGCCAAAUAUAAAAACUCAAUAGAAUAUGAACCCUAUUUUGUCAAAUAUCUUCUCAGUCUGUGCUUUCUUAUUUUUGUUCUUUCUACCAUCUAAAAUAUCUCGCGUUUAUCUCAUCACUCCAAUAAUUGUUGCCUUAUUAUUUAAGAGAAAGUUAACAAGUGGGAAAGGGGGGUGGGGGGGGGGGGGGGGGGGGGGGGGAAGAGGGUGGGUAAAUUAAAACAGCGCAAGGAAACCAAGUUCAUGUAGAAUUCUGUACAAUAUUUCACAAGUUUGUAUGUCAAUAAAAAGCCAUAUCUUCAAAUUAUUACUUAUAGCAAGUGUAUUUGCAGAGUACGUGUGUGAAGUCUGCUUUGCAUUCAUCUGUUCACAUUGUCAUUCUGAAUCAGUGUGCUGCAGAAAGGAAUGGUGUGCGAGCAGCAUCAUGGGUUCAGUAAUUAAACCAAAUUGGCUCGAUUUUCAAAUCAGACUUGACGUCCUUGGCCUUGCCUGUCUAUUUAGAUAUCUGCCCGGGUGUGUAAUAAUGCUUAAUUAUGAACUAUAGUUUUCAUAAUUUAUAUAACUGCGAGCUUGCCUGACGGAGGCUAUUUUCUGAGUUGUUGUUUGUGAUUGUGUAUAAAAUGGGGCAAGAAUCUUUUUUCUUUCUGCAGCACAUUUCAGUUAUUUAUAUUUGUAUUCAGCUGUGAAACGGCUGCCCCCAGUGUGUGACUGGAGCUGGUGUUUAUGCUGAUUCUGAACAAGUCUCUAGCUACUGCAGUGCUGUUGAUGCACACUUUACAGCACUGUUCUCUAAUACUGUAAAAAUGUACAAUCACAAUUGUUUCAGCAGAAGAACCAUUUUUGCUAUUAAUAUGAAAUUCAGCAUUAAACCCAUUUUUAAAAACUAGUCCCUGGCAACCUUGCUUUUAUUGUGCGGGAGAGGGAACAGUUUACAGAAAUGGGUGUUAAAAUCUGUAAGCAAAUUGAAAUGUGUUGCACUAAAUAUGUACUGUGGCAUCACGCCUUCCUCUCAGUUGUAGCUGUUUGUAGUGGCAACGUGUCGGAAACUUCUAUUUUAAAACCAGGAAUCAAAUAAAAUAAUAGCUAUUUAAAA